UGUUUGGCUCUUCGUAAUAUUUUGUAUUUCGAACGUUUGGAGCGAAACUACAUCUCAUUCUAACAAUAGCACGAUUCACAAAGAUUAUGACAUUACUACAAUUUACAGAAUGACGAAUGCGUCUGCUAGGCCCAUUUUAAAUGUUGGAUUCAAGGACCCGGCUUUUUUUAAGAAAUAUUCAAAAAAUAGCUAUUCAAUUGAAAUACAUUCAAGAACCAAUGCUAUCGGACUACCAAUUACCGCAGAAGUUAAAUCUUCACAAAAAACUAUAUGGUCAAGUUCAUUAAUUAAUAAGUCAGUGUUCUUCCAACAUGGGUUAUCUCAGAAUAAUAGUCGUAUAAAGAUUGAUUAUGAUCCUAAAUCUUGGCAACUAAAAUCUAUUCCAUUAAUUGGAGUAACUGGGACGUCAAUGGAUUACUGUAAUAAUAAUGAACACUACACUCAUGAAGGUAAUUUUGGUCUGUAG